AGGGCGCGAGGUCAGAAGAGAAGGCGGGAGCCGCCGCCGCCGCCCGCCACUGCUCCGCCUGCUGCGCCGCUGCACGUCUCUGCGCAAGAAACCGCGAGCGUGUUCUCAUGCCAAAGCAUUUGGUGAGGAACACGGGUUCAUGCAGCUGGCUCCCCACUCCCUGUCAAAGUCUUUUAAAGGGGAACAUAUUCGCCUUUUUUGUGCUCUGACAGGCACUUUCUCCUGCUGGUCUGUAACACGGUGUCCUGCUCAUACAAAAGAGAAUUCUGCAGGUUCUUCAGCAGUCUGAAAAUCUUAUGAAGGUAUUUUGAGGGAGUUCUUUAUUUGACGUAGCAGCUUUAUCCCGGCAUUAUGAUCUACAGAACCAGUAUUUGGCUAAUCUACAUUUUAAUGGCGGCAGUCAGAGCUACCGACUUCAGUGACCCAGAGUCCAACACAACAGAAUACGUUCCAGAGGCCACAGUCGAUCGUUUAAGAACUGACGAUCCACGGUACACAGUCGAUCGUUUAAGAACUGACGAUCCACAAUCGCCCCCGACGGCGCCAGCUGAGGAGGUUACGGACACCGCGGCCGUGGACCUGGAGCCAGCAACAGAAACCAGUGUUCCAGCCACUCCAGAGAGCACACUGGCAGCCAGCACUCUGCCGCACAGCGACCACGGCGACCACAGCAGGACUCCUGUCGCAACUGCGCCGACGACAACCGCCCACACAACUCCCACAACCGGUGACACAACGGUCUCUCUCCUACGCACGCCAGCCACCGCAGACGGCGAGACCACGGCCACCGCCCAGCCACACGGCAACUGCAGCGAGCAGAACCGGACUGCUGCCACCGCUGCGCCGCUCCCUCCUCUCUGCGAGAUUCCCCCACCUGAUGACCCUGACGUCUCUCGCUUGCGGACCCUUCCUGCAGACAUGAACAGCAGGGGGCUGCUCCAGUCAGCUACACGGGGGUCAAUGGAGGAAGUGCAGGUGCUGCUUGGGGCAGGUGCUGAUGUGGGGCACAGAGGAUGGACCAUGUGGACCGCUCUACAUUAUGCAGCGAAGCAGGGACAUGCUGAUAUUGUGAGGUGUCUGAUCGGGAAUGGGGCAGAAGUGGAUGCCAGGACCGAUGUGAGGCAGACGCCUCUACAUUUGGCUGCAUGGAAAGGCCACGCGGUAGUGGUGCGGCUGCUGGCGGCGUCCUCGGCCGACGUCGAUGCCAAGGAUCAGUGGGGUAGGACGCCUCUGCACUGGGCGGCACCCUACGGCAACGCAGAGGCGGCGAUGGCGCUGCUGGAAGCAGGGGCCGAUAGGGACGCCAAGGAGGACGCAGGGAACACAGCGCUGGACUUAGCAAGAGUGAACAAGCGACAAUGGAUGGUAGAAAUCCUAUCUAGCAUUCCAACAAACGACUGUGAUGUGAACUAAAUAAAGCUUUGAUACAUGAUUUUUCCUUCUCUUUAAAAUAAAAUAUGCAAAAUGUUAAAUCAGCA